GGCGGAGCGGGUUCAGCUGUGGCACCAUGGGGAACGGCAGCGCUACUGAGGACGGUGGGCUGUUGGCCGGGCGUGGGCCAGAGUCCCUGGGGACUGGCGCCGGGCUUGGGGUCCCGGGGGCGGCGGCGCUGGUGGGGGGCGUGCUGCUCAUCGGCUUGGUAUUGGCAGGGAACUCGCUCGUGUGUGUGAGCGUGGCCUCCGAGCGCACCCUGCAGACACCCACCAACUACUUCAUCGUGAGCCUGGCGGCUGCCGACCUCCUCCUCGCGGUUCUGGUGCUGCCUCUCUUUGUCUACUCCGAGGUCCAGGGUGGCGUGUGGCUGCUGAGCCCCCGCCUCUGUGACACGCUCAUGGCCAUGGACGUCAUGCUGUGCACCGCCUCCAUCUUCAACCUGUGCGCCAUCAGCGUGGACAGAUUCGUGGCCGUGACCGUGCCGCUGCGCUACAACCAGCAGGGUCAGUGCCAGCUGCUGCUCAUCGCCGCCACCUGGCUGCUGUCUGCCGCGGUGGCUGCGCCUGUGGUGUGCGGCCUCAAUGAUGUGCCGGGCCGCGAUCCAGCCGUGUGCUGCCUGGAGAACCGCGACUACGUGGUCUACUCGUCCGUCUGCUCCUUCUUCCUGCCCUGUCCGCUCAUGCUACUGCUUUACUGGGCCACUUUCCGCGGCCUGCGGCGCUGGGAGGCAGCCCGGCACACCAAACUUCACAGCCGCGCGCCGCGCCGACCUAGCGGCCCCGGCCCGCCGGUGUCCGACCCUACUCAGGGUCCCUUCUUCCCAGACUGUCCACCUCCCUUACCCAGCCUCCGAACGAGUCCCAGCGACUCCAGCAGGCCGGAGUCAGACCUCUCUCAGAGACCCUGCAGCUCCGGAUGUCUGCUCGCUGAUGCAGCGCUCCCGCAACCUCCUGCGCCGUCUUCCCGCAGGAGAGGCGCCAAGAUCACGGGAAGGGAGCGCAAGGCAAUGCGAGUCCUGCCGGUGGUAGUCGGGGUCUUCCUGGUGUGCUGGACGCCUUUCUUCGUGGUGCACAUCACGCGGGCGCUGUGUCCGGCUUGUUUCGUGUCUCCACGCCUGGUCAGUGCUGUCACCUGGCUAGGCUAUGUCAACAGUGCCCUCAACCCCAUCAUCUACACUGUCUUCAACGCCGAGUUUCGAAGUGUCUUCCGCAAGACUCUCCGUCUCCGCUGCUGAAAGGAUGUCCUGAGGUCAAGGAGUUCCGAGCCUGUUUGCAGAGUGCGCUGGCGUGCAUUCUUUCAGUCUGAUUAAACGAAAUCUUUUCUAACCACUUAUGAAGGCUGGGGGUUGGGAAAAAGCAAGGAAAAGAGGAAGGUCUUUUGUCUGAAUGAUGGCCACCCCCCCACCCAUGUUAAAUUCUGUCUUUGAGGAUGCUGGGUUCAGCUCCAGGAGGCAGGCUGCUUCUGAAGUCUCUGCCCCAGAAGAGCGAGGGAGCUUCUACAUCUGCCUUAGUUUCCCCUCACCAUGAAAAGUGACUAAGUGUCCUAGAAGAGGAGCUAGAGGAAUUUCCUGAGGCUGCUGGGUCCUCGGGAUCUUAUCCAGGCUAACUCUUGCUCCUUGGAGAGCUAGGGAGGGAGGGCUCUGCUGUCAUUGAAGGGGUGGGGGUGGGGGUAUCCUGUUUUGGAAGCUUUCUGAGUACAGCACACAUAGCUUCCUACCAGCCUUUCUCCAAAAGGUGCCUGAAACUCCACUCUGACCAAGUUCCACAUGGUGCCCUCUGGAAGGGAGCCCUCCACUCAGGCCUACCCAGUCCAUCUUUACCCCAUGUAUGUCCAGCAUCUGGGUAUCUAUGUGACCAGGUGGCAGGGUUCAAGGCUGGACUGAGGGGCCCAAGCAGCCAAUGUGUUGGGGCUCCUUGGCCAACGCCCAGUCCUACAAGAAGAGGUGACUCCUGGUAGGGACCACCUACCCUAACACUUUUCCCUCGCCUAUCCUGUCAUGGGAGAGAUGUGAGUCAGGGCUGCUGCGGGCAGGAGUGCAGAGGGGCUGUGGGAGGGUGGUCCUAGGCUAGGGUCCUACAUCAAAGGCAGCUGGCACAAUGUGCCACACUCUGUUCUCAAUAUUGAGGAAUAAUGAGCUGUGAGUUCUAUAGCAGUAAGCACCCCACCACCACCACAUAUACAUUUUAUACCCGUUCUGGUUGAACAGGUGCAGUUCCCCAGCACAGAGGGUGCUAUGGCCUCACUGGGCUAGAUCCUCAUGCCCUGCUGUGUCGUCUAUUGACUUCCCAGGACCAGCAUGCUCCUAAGGGGCCAAUGGGGUCUUGGGUUCAUGUCUGUCCACAUAGAGUCUAAUAUUAGUGGAACUAGGUUACUGUAAGUUUUGCCCUGGAGACCCUAGGAUACCAAAUAUGCCUGGCCUUUGCUGAUUUCCACUGAACUGAAAGGCUCUACCGAUGGAAAGGUAAGGUUGAAACUCAUGUGUGCGGGACGGAAGUCUCUGGAAGCUUGACACAGCUUGGGGAACUGAGCACCAAGGGCCCAUACCCCUAGACCCUCUGAGUUUCUUCCUUAGAGGAAAGGAAAACAAUAAAUUGAAUCAACUCCAGGUGGCACGUGUCGCUCAUCCAUUGCUCUUGGGUGGUCACUACCCCCAAACCCUUUUGGUGUUCUGGGGCCCUCCCUCGGUGCCUCUCCUUGGGGGUAGAUACCAUGGAUGCCCCUGCAGGCUGUCCCAUGGGGGCGGGCAUUUCCUUGAUGACUUUGCCAUGCAUUUUGGUCUUGUUUCCCUGCCACUGUUAGUAUAUAAACUGAGCUGUGUGAUCUCAGCUAACUGCA